AUGAGGGCGAGCAGGUGGUGGUUGGACCGGGAUCGGGCCGGGUAUAGCGGGAAUAGCGGGGUUGGAGGUACUCAUUAUGAAGUGCUGGGAGUGGCCCGGACAGCCACGGACAGACAGAUUAAGAAACGGUUUUUCGAGUUGUCGAAAAAGUAUCAUCCCGACAAGACUCGGACUCUACAGGAAGAAGACAAAGUGCAUAGCAACCGCAAGUUUCAGAAGAUCAAAGAAGCUUAUGAUACUUUGUCGAAUAAGGCAUUGCGUACCAGUUACGACCAUUCUCUUGGAUCCGGGUCAGCAGGCUCGUCAGGGUCUAAUCCAUAUUAUAAUACAGGACCUGGCGACGCAAGAAGACCCUCAUCAGGCCAAACUCAUGUCCGGCGACGCAAAGUGUAUAAUUACGACCGGCCAUACGCCAACCCCCAAGAUCCUAAUUCCGGCCGGACCUCGUCCUCGUCAUCCUCGUCGUCACACCCGGACCACCCACUAAACCCGGGCUUCCACCGGACCGGAUCAAACCACGACGUACCGCAUUUCGACUUCGACAAGCAUUUCAAACAACAGCAGGGCUACGAACAGCACCGGCUCAAACGAGUCCAGGAACGGGCCGCGGAAAUCCACUCUCACCACACCCGCCUCGAACACUUCGACCCGCGUCGGUCCACCAAACUGUCUCUCUCCGCUAUCGGCACGCUCUCAGCAGUCGCUGGCGCUGUGGCCCUCUUUGCAUAUUUCCACUAA